AUGGUGAUGGCCGUAGCGGUGGCAGUGGCGGUACUCGUCGCGCUCCUCGUCCCACUGGCAGACGGCAACAUUAUCGAGCUGGUGCCGACCGGUACUGAGCCGCCGCACGUCUACGCCACGCCGACCAUCCCCUUCCUUCUUACUUCGACGGUCAAUUGCGCGCCCGAGCUGGCGGGCGCGAUGCUGGAGACGACGGAGGGCUCGCGCCUGACAAGGUUCGCCCGCAGGCUCGACGACGUGUUUGCGUACGACAUCGAGAUCACCGUUGUUGACGCCUUGCUCCCGCAGGCUGUUUACGUCAACAUGUCCGAGGCGAUGCUGACCUGCGAAUCAACGCCGUCGCCGCCGCUCUCGGCCAAGGCUAUGUUUGACCCGUCGGCCCAGAGCUCUGACGACAGCGAGUCGCUGCUGGGAACCGUCCCAAUGUGGGCCAUCAUUGCCGCGGCCUCUGCCACCCUCUGCUGCGGCAUCUUCUGCGCUUGCGUCUUCAAGGCUGGCUCGCACCGCAAGCACCACAUUGAGCCGCAGGAGGAAGAGUACAUGGCCAACUCGCGGUCGGCAAGGGUGCUGGAGCACUCUCUUAUCGCCCAGGGUUCAGAACUCGGCUCGUACAAGAACAUGUCGUCCCAUACCCUGGCGUCGGUAGCCUCGCCGCGAUUCGUCUCAGACUCGACAGGUAUGAUGUCGUCGGCCGCGGGACGCGCAAUGGACUCAUCCAGUGUCGUCGCGCCGCGCUCCAUUGUCGAGCAAAGGCGCGGCGACGGCCGCGGCCGCGCUGAGACCCUGCCGCUGGAGACCAUCCACGAGCCUGUCGGCGCUGCAGCCGCAGGUCUCCGCAAGGGCCGCUCCGGCCGCGGCCGUGACCUCCAUCGCUCGCCGUCGUUUGUUCGCCGCGCCGCUGCCGCGGGCGGCGAAAACUCAAACUCACACUCCAACUCCAACUCGCCGCGCCCGCGUGCCGAGCAGGUCAAGUCCAUGUCGCCGCGCGUCACCCGCUCGCCCACCCGCAUGCGUGCCAUCCUCGCCCUCUCGCAGGCCGAGCUCGAGAGCGAGCUCGUCCACGACUCGGCCAGCCCAGCCGUCGACAAGCGCUCCUCACGCCGCGACAUUCACAAGCUGCAUCGCUCCUACACGCGCACCAUUGGCGCCCUUAACUCUUCGGCGCCUGCCGGUCACGCGCGGACUUCAUCGGAUGCGUAG